AUGGAGUCGCAUCAUUCAUUGCGGAGCGAGAGCGACAUCGAGGGGCUUGCAACGGCGCCUUCUGGGGGCAGACAUUACUCGCUGUCGCCGCAGCGGCGGUACGGCACCUCCAGGACGCACGCGCUGAUAAAGAUUGAGCCGAGCUGCCUCGUCUUUCCCCCGCCGCACUUUGGGCGUUGCAUCCAGAACGCCAUCUCUAUCUACAACGUGUCGAAGCAGCCAUGCGUGUUCAAGAUGCGCAGCCAAAACCCCGAGCGGUACGUGGCGAAGCCGCACGUCGCCAUCGUGGCGCCGGAGUCGGCCACGCGCAGCUUCGUGACGCUCCGAGACAUGAACACGCUGGGCGUGAAGAAUUUGCCCGAGGGAACGCAAGACCGCUUCCGCUUUUCGCUGAGGCUCUACGACCCCGUGACGGUGGACCCGUUGCUCUCGCCGAAGGACCUGUGGAACCUGCUGACGGCGCGUGGGGACAAGGUGGACCAUGAGCAGGACCUGAUUGCGUACUUCACGAAGAGGGACACGCCUGUGGGCGGCCUCGUCACCUUCUUCCCGCCCACGUACAUCCCCGUCAUCCCGUCAGUCGUGUCCAAGGCGGCGCUGCCCCCCAACUCGGCGACAGCACCGACAUCGGCACACACUAGCAGCAGCACCGCCACACCCGUCCCCAACAGGGACGGGGGCGCUGCGGCGCAGAGGAAGAAGGCGGCCGGCGGCGGCGCUGCGUUCCGUUUUCGUGCCGCUUCCGAUGCCGUGAGGGAGUGGGUGACGGCUGCCGCUACGACGCGCGGCCUCGGACUUGGCGUGCUCGUGGCGGCUCUAAUCGUGCUUUCUGUAGCCGUUGUGACGCGUCGAAUGUGGGGCGCUGGUGACGCUGCAGGCGGUCGGGUGCAGACUACGACCGCCUCCGGUCGCCCCGCAUCACACGAGCAUCUGACGCAAGCGGAUAGGGUCGAUCAUACGGCACCUGUCGAGCCACCGCUGCAUCAUGCGGAGCCGGUGGUGCACCACGAUGUGCCUGGGACUGAGCCCGUGCAGGCGCAGCAACAUCCAAAACAUCACGGGGAGCAUGGGAACAGCCAGCCAGAGGGUGCCUCACCCGUAGUCGAUCCAUCCUAUGAGCAUUACGAAGCACCACCCACGCAGGAGGAGGCGCACCAUCACCGUCCUGGGGCACAUGGACAGCAUCCAGCGGCGCCUCUGGAGCCCACCGUGGCGGAGCCAGUUCACGACACGCAAGCUGAACGUGCCCCUCCUCCGGAGCAGCAGUGGCAAGGAGCGACCUGUGACUAUGGCCCGUAG